GGCUCUAAAUGUAAGCUGUUGAACUGUUUGUGCCUCUCCUGUUGAGGACUCUGUUUUUCUGAGGUUGGCCAUAAUCUGAAUUCCUAAGGGGACAAAUAUCGAAAUCAGAAUAUUAGAUACAUGAGUCUUUUCUGCAGGUUGCUGAGAGAUCCGUUGCCUUGGCUCUCCCUCUAAAAUGCGGGGUGACUCAAGCAUGCAGGAGACAUAGAUGUUCUCGUUAAAAGAAGAGACUGACGCUCUUAUUCCCGCGACAUCAUCAUCCUACACUAGUGGGGCUUCACGGUGUGCGAUGUGAUGCUCAUUUCUGCAGAGUAGCAGCUACAGGAGGCGUGCUUGUCCCUGCCACAGGAGCACAGGAGGAGGACCGGAGCAGCGACCAGCAGGCUAUUACCGAGCACCGGAGACACCGUGAAACCGAGCGCUUUAUUUGGGGUGCUCUUCACCCGCCUCCCACACUCCCGAGCGAUGGCAUUUAAGGAUCGAUCAACGGGAGCGCGUUGAGGCUCUGAGUGAUGCAGUCUCUGUUCGGAGGAGGGGAGCUGGGGCUGCUGGGCGGAGGCGGCGACGCAGGAGGCCUGAAGGAGGAUGGCUGUGGCAGUGUGGUGUGGCACUCCUCGCAGCUGCCCCCCGACGAUGUCUACUCGGCCUCCCACUUCGCCCUUAUCACCGCCUAUCAGGACAUCAAGACGAGGCUGUCCUGCCUGGAGCGCGAGAACACCAGUAUCAAGAGGAAGCUCAAGAUCUAUGAGAUCAAGUUCCCUAUGAUUAACGAGUUUGGAGAGGACACCAACUCCUACUGCUCCUUUGAGAGCAAAGAGACGGCACUGCUGCACUCAGAAAAUGGCAACCUGCAGCAGAGGGUUAACGUCCUGACACACGAGCUCCAGAAGAGGAAGGAGAGAGAGGAGCAACUGGAGGAUGUGAUCCAGGCCUACGAGAAGAUUCACAUGGAGAAGAGCAACCUCCAGAGGGAUCUCGACAAAAUGUCCAGUCUGGUGGAGAAGCAUGUGGAGCGUAUCCUGGGCCUGGAGUCAGCUCUGAGGCAGAGGGAAAACUCCCUACAGAAACUCAACAUGCAGCUGCACAGCAAAGACAUGCAGUAUCUGCAGCUGCACGCCGGACCGGACCAACACAUGCUGGACUGUCCAGCUUUGACCCUUCAGAGCUCCCGCAGCCUGGACACCCUGUCCGACCUGAAGCUGCAGCGGCUGGAGGCCGAGCUGGAAGGGGCGCGGCACGAGGCCCAGGGGGCAUGUCAGAGGGAAGAGGAGCUGAAGGGGGAGUGCGAGAGAAUGAAGGAGGAGAUGAGGAUGCUGCAGAACAGCCAGAGGGACAGGGAAAUGACUUCUCCGUGCAAGCAGUGUGAUGUGGAAUGGAUAAAGAAGGUGGGAGAUGAGCAGGUGAACUUGGCUCUGGCCUACACAGAGUUAACAGAGGAGCUGGGACGCCUCCAAGCGCUGAGCUCCAAGCAGACGGAGAUCCUGAGGAAAGCGUCACAUGAGCAGGCUAGUCCAGUCCAGCGCCACUCUCCAAUCCACCACCAGCGCCACUCUCCAGUAUCUCAGCGCCACUCGCCCAUCUCCCAGCGCCACUCUCCGGUCCCACCUCCGCCACACCACUCCCCAAUCCAACAGAGGCGCUCACCGGUGCGCCUCUCUCCAGACAUGCACCGCCGUUCACCCCUGCUGGACGUCAAUGGCGGUCCGGCCUCUUACUCCUGCCGGCCACCCAGCCAGCACCUGAGGGCCAGCUUCCAGGGCCGUCGCAGUUACUCCGAGGUUGCUGAUCCCUCCGCUUACCAGUGCCCACCCCGCUUCUCCCUGGACCCUGUCGCCACCCUGCCUAAGCCUCGGCCCUACAUUGACGGCUACGCAAAACAGCAGCAACAACAUGUGGGCUCUCCUCAUGGUGGACUGCAGCACAGAGGCUCCCCGUCUCCCCAUCAGGGUGGUGCAGGAGGAGACGGGGGCCUCGGGGAGAGCUCCAUGCGCCACUCAAGAGAGAUGCCAUUCCCUCUGUCUGAGGUGGCCCACCUGCAUUUUGAGCCCCCUCCUCCUUCCACACCGGCCCGCCAGCUCCCACAGUCCUCUGAAGAUGAGGAGGAGUGGACUUGCCCGCAUCCCAUCAGCCCACCACGGACGCUGGGCGUGCUCUCUUCGGCAGUGCCCAGUGGCGUCAUGAGAGGCCCAGCAUCCUGCUCAGUCUUCCCCAUCCCUCAGAGGUCUAACAACCUCAGCUGCCACCCGCAGCCGGGGUACAUGUCAGCCGAGCACGCUCAGUCCUGGCCUUCAAUCAAUCUCUGGAUGGAGACGGAGGAGAGCGACAUGCGGAGCUGCCCUCUCUGCCAGCUGAUAUUCCCCAUCGGUUACCCUGACGAUGCCCUCAUCAAGCACAUUGACUCCCACCUGGAGAACAGCAAGAUCUAAUUGCCAUGGAAACCAGCCCGCACACAUCUGCGCUCUCCUCUUAUAGAUUAGGUAACAAGAUUGGCAGAAGUGGCCAAAUGGAAAGUCAAACGUAGAAUCACCAGUUAUCGAUAGUUAGGGAUGCAAAAUGGAUGCAGGGGCCUGGUAUAUUUGGGAAGUACUUAAACCAGGGUCUCUCUUGGACUUCUGAGUCCUUUACCGAUCGCCCUUCAGACAGCUCUGCCUGUAUAAUCACUGGCUCUGGUUGCUGCUGUUUUGUUGUGAGUCUUGUUGUGUGGUUUCAGACAGUUUCAGGUAUCGUGUUGUUUUUCGCUUCACAGUGUAGUACACUUAGUUAUAGCAAAGUAAGCCAAAGACGAGGUUCGAGAGGCACGCUGGCAGGUUCAGAGGGCUCUGCAUGUCAAAAAGUUAGUUUCAGUGUGCAUCGGUAAAGAUCAGGGAGAUCUGAGGCGUCCUUUCUGACAAACCAUUGUCACCACUUAGCUUUAAAUACUGUACGCUUGGACAUUUUCUAUCUCUCAAACAAAACUACAGAAACACUAUGUACACUAUGUUGCAGAGGAUUUUGUGGAGUAAGAGCAGAGGACAGCCAUCUGGUAGAAGCUGGCUUAUUAAAAUGAUCUGACAGAAUAGUUGUAUGAGUGAAGAUUUUAAGUUUUUGAUGCUGAAGUGAGGAAAGAACACAACACUGUGAAGGAAUUCUGUAUGGCCAUCAGGGUUUGAUGCCAGUUCACUUUCACUUCUCGAAAACAAGGUUUUCAUGGCAGUUAAGAACGUAUAAAACAUUCCAGUCUCACAUUUCAUUUACUGACAAAUCAAGCUGGAGAAUAUGAAUGUGAAAGUAUGUUUGGAUCAGCCUGAUGGCGGUUUUAUGAUGAUGCCCUGCAGGGCGGGGCGGUGGUGUUGAUGCGAGUGAAGGGAAAGUUUUAGUCAGAAUAUACCUUUAUGCUUGCUUGUUCAAAAAUCUAAGCUAAACUUUAAGUUGGAAAAGCCUAUACAAUGUAUCCGUUUUCAGUCCCCAUAUAUAUUUUCGAUGUAUUAUUUCCUAUUUAUAUUGUCGAUCUGUAAGGCAAAAAAAUAUGAAGAUAUAUUUUUGCAAAUGUUAAUGCACCACGUCUCAUGUUGGUGUUUCUCCCAUGUGCUUGCACACUGCUGUAUAUUAGAGGAGUUGGAGGUUAAAAUCCCACCGCAUGGGAUAUUUUUCUGUACAAAUUAUCAACUGGGAUUCUCCUCGUCUCCCUCAAGAUCUGACCUUCAAACAGUUUGAUGUCACGACUGCCCAGACCACCCAACAAAAAAAUCUAAAAAAAAAAAAAAGAAAAGAAAGAAAAAAGAAGGCACUCAGCGGGCUGCAUGAGAUCAAGACUUCUGACCUGCUUUGAGAAAAAAAGGCAGAAUUUCUAACUGUACUAUAUUUCUAUCUCGGAGAUCUGAUACAAAAAACUUAAUCUCCAAACAGCAAAAUUAUCUCUGCAGGGUUUCAACAAUGACAAUACUCUUCUUUUGAUACAUGGGUUUCAUUUUUUUCACAAGUGGAAUCUUAACUUGAGAUCUGCUUGUGGGACUUGAACUUCUUUUUGAAAAAGAGAAAAGAAAAAAACAACAAAGUUAUACUGAUGUCAGCUAAUCUGAGGCUUUCAGUUCCAUGUGCAGUUUCUAAUGUAGGGGAUGUCCCUACACACCCACCCAUGCAUUUAAACUGGAAGUUACUGAGGAGAUGAAAUGUGGUACAUUAGAGCACAUAGGGCAGUGAUUGUGGCAGCAGGAUGUUGUAGGACAUGUAAGAUUUCAUGUCCAAGUACUCUUGAGCAACACAUUGAAUCCCUACAAGCUCUGGAUGCUCUGCUCCAGGCUACAACUUCUUAUAAAAAA